CAGUACUCGGUGCUGAGACGCUCGGGAUCCGCUGGCCGCCGGGGAGAGAGGGAGAGAGAGAGAGAGAGAGAGAGAGACACGCACCGGGAGCCUCGACGCACAGACCCACCGCCAGAAAAUGACCGUCGAGAGAAUAUUCGACGAGCUCGGACACUUCAACAGAUUCCAGGCAUGUCUGUAUUUUGCAGCAAUCUUCCAGGCCGUAGCCUGCGGGAUCCACUACCUGGCCUCUGUUUUCCUGGUGGAGACUCCGAACUUUGUGUGCAGCGUGCCCGGCAACAUCACUGAUGUCCUGUACGGGAACCUGACAGGAUCCAGUCUGGAAGACAUCCUGCCGGUCUUCAAGUCAGGGACCGGGCCCUUGGUGGUGACGACGGCUGAAGGAGAACAGUGGGAGCUCAGCCGAUGCCGCUCCGCCCUGCGCAUCAACCCAAAAGGCUUCACGUAUGACUUUGAUGGCAACAAAACAGUGAAAGCCUGUGACGCGAACUUUGUGUACGACCACAGUGAGGUCCACCAAAGUAUUGUGACGGAUUGGGACUUGGUAUGUGAGAGAGAGUGGCUGGCCAAGCUGUGUCAGCCCACCUUCAUGCUGGGGGUGCUGAUCGGAGCGCUUGUGUUUGGCGACAUUGCUGACAGAGUUGGUCGUGUGAAGAUUCUGAUGUUCACCAGCCUCUGUCAAUUUGUGCUCGGGGUGGCUGUAGCGUUCUCGCAAAACUACUAUUUCUUUGUGGUGCUCCGCUUCUUCCUUGCCAUGGUGUCCAGUGGCUACCUCGUGGUGGUGUUUGUCUACGUUACCGAAUUCACUGGCAUCAAGGUACGCACAUGGACCUCUAUGCACGUGCACGCAGCCUUUGCAGUCGGCAUCAUGGUGGUGGCUCUGACCGGUUACCUGGUGCGUGUCUGGUGGAUCUACCAGAUCAUCCUCUCCAUGUGCACCUCGCCCUUCCUGCUCUUCUGCUGGAAGUUCCCCGAGACGCCCUUCUACUUGAUGGCCAAGGGCCGUUACAAGGACACUCAGACCCUGCUGGAUGCGAUAGCCCGCUUCAACGGCCUUGAGUGCCGGCUGAAGGCAGAGGAGCUCCUGGAGCCAGAGCAGAGAGAGAGCUGCAGGGCUCUGCUGGAGCAGGAGGCGGAGCAGCGUCCAUCGCAGAAUGAAAAGAAGCUGUCCAUCCUGGAUCUGUUCGGAAGCUGGAGGAUGGCGGGCCGUACGUGUACAGUGUGGGCUAUCUGGUUCAUCGGCAGCUUGGGCUACUAUGUCUUCUCUCUAGGCUCAGUCAACCUAGGAGGAAACCAAUACCUUAACCUCUUCCUUGCUGGUGCAGUGGAGGUCCCCUCUUAUCUGGUUGGCUGUUUUGCAAUGGACCGGAUUGGAAGGAAGAAGACUUGUGCCCCAGCCCUGCUCCUGGCCGGGGUCGCUUGUAUGCUCAUCAUUUUGGUGCCUGCUGACAUCGAGGCACUGGCCAUCGCUCUUAGCAUGACAGGGAAGUUUGCCAUCGCUAUUGCCUUUGGCCUCAUCUAUCUGUACACCUGUGAGCUUUAUCCGACGAUCAUCAGGUCUCUGGCAGUAGGUAGUGGCAGUAUGAUGUGCCGUGUUGGUAGUGUGGUGGCCCCCUUCUGUGUGUACCUGGCUGAUGUCUGGAUCUACCUACCUCAGCUCACCGUGGGAAUCCUGGCGUUCAUCAUCGGAGUGCUGACAUUUUUGUUGCCUGAGACCCUGGGCAAACCUUUAACAACCACCUUGGAGGAGGCAGAAGCUCUGGGACGCAAAAAAAAGGAUGGGUUGGAGAUGAACCAACAUGAAGCCAAGGCCUGAGCUGUACACGGUUGGAAAAUCGGAGCGAGAGACACACGGAGAGAAGCUUCGGAAAAACAGGAUGGAAGGAAGAGAGUGGAGAUGAUGGCUGCAAAAAAACGAAACAGUAACAUCAUGAUUUAUUUGGAUUGUUGGAAAAAAUGAAAAAAGAACAAGCUUUUAUCAGAACUCUUGAAAUGACGCUAUUGUUGACAUUUUUUUCUGCAAAGUCACCACCAGUUUAGACAUUACAGAAACCCACCUGCCUGCACACAGAUCUCAGUAAUGAAAGUCAGUCACAGAUACAGUGCAAUCAGAACAGUCCAUGAAUUCAGUGAUCAAGAAAAUCAUGUGCUAUGUGUGGUGUGUGUGUGUGUGUGUGUGUGUGUGUGUGCGUGUGCGUGUGCGUAUGUGUACGUGCAUAACUUGUGUUUCCAUGGAAAUUUGAAGGAAAUUAAAGGAUGAUUUCAGUUUCAGACAACUUCAGUCUUAUUUUUGUAGUUUGCUCAUUUUUACUAUAGGAUAUGAUCAUUUUGUACUUACCAAAGUAAUUGCAGAGGCCUUGGAACAGUUAAGACAAAUGAUCAUGACUGUGUCUUGGUUAUUUUACACAUAUAUUAUAAUACAUCCCAUAUAUUAUAUUACCAUUAUCCAAACAAUAGCAUGUAUUAUUUUAAUAUCAAAAAUGUGCCUUAUUUUUCUCUAAUCUCAGGGCAUCACUGUGAAAAUAUCCUUUCGAAGGUGUUGUAAUCCUACACUGACAUUAUCCUCAAUUCCAUCUUGUUUAAGAUCCCAUUGCUGAGCUUUAACUUUGUUAUCUAAUGUGAGUGUAUUUGUGUGCAUGUGUAUGUUGGCGUCCUAUUUUUUUUUCACGCUCAUACUGCGUAUGAAAUCUAGACGCUGGGCAUACAGAAGGAAAAGUAAAGUAAUACUGCAAUACUAUAGGUUCAAGAGUCAAGCUGUGAUCUCCAGCUGUUUGGACCAAAGACAGGGAUGAACCACAACAGUAUGGAGUUGUAUUCACCUGCUUUGCAAUAUUGUAGUACACUACUAGCAUGUUUUUGUUUCAUAUCAAACCAGUGUGUUGUGUUUUCAUCUGAAGGACGACAAAAAAAUCAUGACAAUCAACAGGUUUCCUGAAAGUGAUGUAAGUACUCAGGUUCAGCAUUCAGCUCUCAACAGUUUUGCAAUCAACAGUAUGACUUUUUUUUUUGUAUAAAAAUUUGUUUUGUUAGUAUUAUUUUUAUUUCAUUAUGGAAAAAUAAAUAAGGUGGCUAAUACUGAGGCUGCUGGCCUCUUCAAAUCUACUCUCUCUUGCUGUCUUUCAAAACAGGGAAUUGGAGUGUCCAACCUGGUGCUAGGAAAGUAGGGAAUCUAUUUUUGUCAUACUUGGAGUACAGAGUCGGAGGGCUGUUCCCAGAACAGCCCGCCAACACUGACAGCUUCCUAUUUGCCGGUGGAGAGGAGGUCCCACUGUCACCGUGCCAGCUCCCCUCUGCACCACCCGGCACAUGAACAAACCCUCUGUGUUCAACUGUGGAGUAGAAAAACUCUGCGAAUGCAUGGCCAGCGUGCGAGUGUGUCUGUUUGUGUGGGCGGAAAAGCUGAAAUAAUGCACUUCACCUAAACCUUAACAGCCAGCCUGUGAGUGUGGACUUCCAGGUUUGUCGUGAUACUGAUGCCACAGAUAGUGUGUUGUUGUUGCUGGACACUGUAAGAUUGUGUUUGGAAAUCACCCCCUCAGCGUGCGUGUUGUAGUUCUUUCCUUAUGAGGACCAAUUGAACUUUAGACUUCAUGAGGGAGGACAUUUUUGGAAAGAGAACUCACUUCCUCAGAGGGCUGUUUGAAGAUUUAGGCUUGCUUUUAUGGUCAAGUGCUAGGAGACGUACUGUAUUGUCAAUCAGUGUCCUCCCACGUAUAUAAUUACAAAUGUGUUUGCGCAAUGCAGGUGGAUGUAUAUUGUAGCAGUGCCAAUGUAAUGAAGACACACGGGAAAAGCUGGAACAAGGGCUACAAAACAGACAGCAGUAAAUUAUGUUAUGUUACAAAGUACGUUUGUUAUGCAUUCCUAUGCAUGAACACACACACACACACACACACACACACACACACACACACACACACACACACACACACGUGAAACUCCUGCUCAUAUAUUUUUCAGUUGCCCUUAACUGAGCCAAAUUUCCGCUCCUUCUAGUAUUAUCCAAUUAUUGGAUUAUUAUUUAAGGUUUUACGAGAUAUUUUAGAACCACAAAAACAGUAUGUACUUGGUUUCAACAUCAACAGAAUAUAAAACAGCAUAUUGACUGCAAACAAUGUAUUUUUUUCGCUCAAGUUGACUCAAGUGUUCUGUGAAAAUGGGAAGAGGACACCAUUUACUGGUCAUGUUCAGGAGUUACAUCAAAUAAAUCUUGCUGAAAGUUUGAAGUGUAAUCCAGUAAUUAGUCAAUAAUUUUAAGUCAAAGAAUGGCAUAAGAAACCAUUUAUAACACAAAUUCCUAGAGUAUGUGUAGAGUAUUGAUAUGAUCCUAACUU